GUUCAGUUUCACCGCGCUCUCUGUUGUUGUUAUGUCGGCGUGCUGCCUUCAUACAAAUAGUUAGACAUGCUUCUAAGAGAGAAAAAAUACAGAUUUUGAAUCAGUUCAGUAAAUACCUGUAAUAUCCUCACAUUCGUGAGUUUUGAAGCGAGCAGGAAUAUCUGGAAGAGUUUAUCAUCUGAACUGAGAUCUGCUGCUGUGAAAAUUAUGUUUAUUAAAGAAGAGAGAGAAGAGAACACGAGUGAACCAGAAACCUGGAGAAUAAAACACGAGGAACCAGAAACCUGGAGAAUAAAACAUGAGGAACCAGAAACCUGGAGAAUAAAACACGAGGAACCAGAAACCUGGAGAAUAAAACACGAGGAACCAGAAACCUGGAGAAUAAAACAAGAGGAACCAGAAACCUGCAGAAUAAAACAAGAGGAACAAGGAGAGUACAUUGAAGAAAAAGAGGAAAAUGAAGAAUCAAAUCAUCAAGAGAAGCAGCAUGCAUGUGAUCAAUGCGGUAAAAUGUUUUUAGGGGCUUCACUUCUGAAGAAACACUUGAAAGUUCAUGCAAAGAAGAAGCCACAUUCAUGUCAUUUGUGUGGUAAGAGUUUUUUGCAUCUACAAAGUUUGAAACAACAUCAGAAAAUACAUACUGGUGUGAGAGAGUACAUGUGCUUUGAGUGUGAAAAGACUUUUAGUUCAGUGAGCAGUUUAAAACUGCACGAGAGGAUUCACACUGGAGAGAAACCUUACAAGUGUUCUCACUGUGACUGGAGAUUCAGUCAAUCAUCAAAUCUGAAAAAACAUGAGAGGAUCCACACUGGAGAGAAACCUUACAAGUGUUCACACUGUGACUGGAGAUUCAGUCGGUUAACACAUCUGAAAACACAUGAAAGGAUCCACACUGGAGAGAAACCUUACAAGUGUUCACACUGUGACUGGAGAUUCAGUCGGUUAACACAUCUGAAAACACAUGAGAGCAUUCACACUGGAGAGAAACCUUACAAGUGUUCACACUGUGACGAGAGAUUCAGUGAUUCGACACAUCUGAAAACACAUGAGAGGAUCCACACUGGAGAGAAACCUUACAAGUGUUCACACUGUGACAAGAGAUUCAGUGAUUCAACACAUCUGAAAACACAUGAGAGGAUCCACACUAGAGUGAAACCUUACAAGUGUUCACACUGUGACAAGAGAUUCAGUGAUUCGACACAUCUGAAAACACAUGAGAGGAUCCACACUGGAGAGAAACCUUACAAGUGUUCACACUGUGACUGGAGAUGCAGUCAUUCAUCAAGUCUGAAAACACAUGAGAGGAUCCACACUGGAGAGAAACCUUACAAGUGUUCACACUGUGACUGGAGAUGCAGUCGUUCAGGAAAUCUGAAAACACAUGAGAGGAUUCACACUGGAGAGAAACCUUACAUGUGUUCACACUGUGACAAGCGAUUCAUUCAGUCAACAGAGCUGAAAACACAUGAGAGGAUUCACACUGGAGAGAGACCUUACAAGUGUUCACACUGUGACUGGAGAUUCAUUCGUACAGGAAAUCUGAAAAGACAUGAGAGGAUUCACACUGGAGAGAAACCUUACAAGUGUUCACACUGUGACAAGAGAUUCAGUGUGUCAUCGAGUCUGAAAAGACAUGAGAGGAUUCACACUGGAGAGAAAGCACAUCAACGCAAUGUACGAGGGAAGUGUUCCAUUAAGUCAUCUGUUAUACACAGUUAUACAAAAAACAAUCACAGUAAGACCCCGUACACGCGGAGACGCAUUUAGUUGUAUAUGUAAAUAUUUUGUAUGGUAUACGUGUUUCGUCCAGACGGAUCCAGCAUUUUGGGAGAGUGAAUUCACAUUUUUUUAAACCAGGUCCCAGAGUGGAUAAAUCUGAAAAUGACACCUUUUUUGUUUUUGUGUUCUGCCAAUCCAUAUAUUUUGUGAAACAGUGAUGUCAUCACCCCACGUCUCUACUAUAGUCAGACACCGCUACGUCAUGUAACACCAACAACAAUGGAGGACUACAUGUUUGUGUUCAUGCUGCUGAAGCUACUGAGCCUAUUAGCUUGAUUAAACUUACUAGUAGAGCAGCACGAUAUUGGAAAAAACAACACACAUUGUGAUAAUUUUUCUCUGCAAUGUAUAUUGCGAUAUGGGAAAAAAUCACCAGAUGACUUGAACAGCUCUAUUUGGGGAAAUAAAAUUAAUGAUUGGGGUGAUUUUGUAGGUGAAUAAAUCAGCUAAGGAAAUUAAAACUUAGAUAAAUAUGAUAGAAAAAUGGUACAAAUGAAAUAAAAAAGUGCUUUAUAUUCUUCAGUCCAACUGUUACUGUCUGUUACAGUUAAGUCUAAUACAUUACUGCUGCGUUACAUUGCUGACAGAAUGCAGUGUUUAUAAUCUAGAGAUUGUAAAGAGGAUGUAGCACACGCACUGUCACGUCAAGUGCCAGCGGAUUACAGAC